AAUGGCCAGACGUUGUCAGCAACAGUUUGAGUGUGUCCAACUUCUUACCUUGGUGUCCUACCCAUCAAGAACAACGCUUCAUCCAUCAAAGACUGUGGCCUUGAAUCCAUUGAGGAAUCCUUUCAACUGUGGCACUCAGAGCACGACAAGUCAGAGUCGAAAUGUCCAGAUCAGAAGUCCCUUUCAUUUCUCACCAGCCCAGCGACCGCUCGGGCACCAAGCGUAGCGGGUGUGCUAUCGAUCAUGCUCUGCCGCCGAGACUUACCACGCAAAAUCACUUCAAUGUCCCACCAAAUGGAGUGAUGAAUCCGCAGCGACAGACCUACCCAUCUCUUCAAGACAUUGCACCCCCUCCAGACGAAGACGCAGACUGCGCGCACAAACCUCCAGCCGAGUUCUUAACCGAUUUUAAGGACGCGUAUGCGAGGCUAUCUAUUGACGAACAGACCGAGUUCAGACUGUGUGCAGAAUGUUGGGACCGCAUAACUUGUGAGGAGGAUUUUGAGAUCUGGACUGAGGCGCAAAAUGUCAAGAUCGAGUACGUUUACUCCAAGUCACUCCUCCGAAUAUUCGCCAUGCCUUCCGACAUACAUCAGUGGAUGGCCCAGAGUCUCGGAGAUUGGACCAAAGACGUACUCAGAACGGAUUUUGGUGGCGAGGUUCUCAAACGAUUUCGCAUCAUACAAGAAAAAACGGUGGCAUUAAGCUCAGGCACUAGAUACCAGUCCGAUGCAUCUUGGGGAUGGACCUACAUGUCUCUAGACGCUCCUUUUACACGUCGAUGGACGACUCUACUCGAAGUCGCAUUCUCCCACGAGGAAGAUGACUUGCAUGACAAAAUCAAGGAUUACUUUGAGGGCUACGAAGACGUUCAACGGGUCCUUGCAAUCAUCAUCCGCGAAACUCCAGCAUAUCGCGCGCCAAACGGACUUCCAAGCCAGACCGCAGACACCUUUGUUCGAAGCAAGCUCAUCAUUGAUCCUCAGACCAGCAAAUGCUCCUACGAUGGGCAGACCUUUGUCGGCGAGAUGCAGAUCAUGUGGCAGGUAUGGGAUCGAAAUCCCAACCACACCGCAGAAAUGACCUCCUGUACUGCCAUAAACCCGAAAAUAGCCGAAGGUCAGACGCUUCCUACGGUCCUCAUACCUCAAGAUAUUCUCCCCGGAGGAGCGGAGGUCUUCCUUCGACAUACCAAUGACGUGGGACUCUUCCUGGAUUGGGAUGACGUGCUGUUAGAGACUGUGCAGAUACGAAGAGAGGAGGCUAUGCAAAAAAAGGUGAAUGAAGAAGGUAGACUAAGCCAGGAGGCGUCACAGGCCCAAGAGAUUGGAAGGGAACAGGCCGAGAGCGUGAAGGAGCGGGAUCUGCGCGCUGAAAGAAGACGUCAAAAGAAGAACUAGGCGGAGGGAGGGAUGAAGAAGAACUCGCUAUCAGGCCGAAGUAUGGUAUGAAUCCUGUGCGCAGCAUCCUCCUACUACAUGGCUGAAGCUCCAGCAACGCCGGUCCGCCCGUCCUCCGCGAAUCCAUGGGGUUUUGCUUGUAAAGCUUCGUGGAAGAUACCAAUACCUGAGGAUAGCAUCACGAGCAGCUUUCGGUCCAAGAAAGGGCUACUUGGAGAGGCGUGACGCAGAUGUCGGACUAUGCAGAUAGGCAAGAGCCUGAUAAGGGAGCUCGGGUAGCUCAAGCAGCCUCCUCAGCCUGCUUUA